CUCCACUGCCCCACACGCGACUUCGCUGUCCCAGCAGCUCUGUGAUCUACCCAGUCUUGGCGACUUCUGGAUCCUUCGUCGUGGUCGCGUAUCGCUGUGCUCUCGUGCGCCAUCUGCACAUAGAGUUCAUUUUCGACCUCUUUCAUGGCCACCGCAACCUCUCUGCUCUCGGUUCCUCCAUCCGCAUCCUCGCUACUCGCCAGGAAGCGACUAAGCAAAAAUCACAGUCUCCCCGUGGCUCUUCGAUUACCGGGACACGGGGCAGCCGCUGGUAGGGUGAAUACGGUGCGGACGGUGCUGCUGGGCGUGGUGGUGGCCUCCUCGUGGGCGCGGCCCGGCAGCGCGCAGGCGAGCGGCGGAGGCGGCGAGGAGGCGCCGAUGGCGGUGGCGAAGAGCGAGGAGGAGUGGCGCGCCAUCCUGUCGCCCGAGCAGUUCCGCAUCCUGCGGAUGAAGGGCACCGAGUACCCCGGCACUGGCCAGUACAACAAGCACUACGAAGAGGGGGUGUAUGGCUGCGCUGGCUGCGGCACGCCUCUGUACAAGUCAACCACCAAAUUCAACUCGGGCUGCGGCUGGCCGGCUUUCUUCGACGGGCUGCCCGGGGCAAUUAAGAGAAACAUCGACGCGGACGGGCGGCGUGUGGAGAUUGUGUGUGCGGCGUGUGGGGGGCACCUGGGCCACGUGUUCAAAGGGGAGGGGUUCCCCACGCCCACGGAUGAGAGGCACUGCGUGAACAGUGUGUCGCUCACGUUCACUCCAGCUGCAGAUGCAUGAAUGAGUUGAGCGAUCAGGGUACGCGAUGCUGGUGAAAGGGGGGUCAGUGGGUGGGUGGGUGGGUGGGUGCUGACUCGUGUGGAAUAGCGUGUGGUGCCGUGCCCUGAAGUGCAGAGUUCUGGUUACAAGUCGCAUAUGCUGCGGCACUAAGGGCUGAUGAUCAUUGUGCACGAUGUCCAUAGAAGGCUUCAUCCGGGUACCACUGCUGAGCUGAGCGCCCCUAUAUGAGUAGGCGAGCCCCUUUGUCUCUUUAGCCUUGCAGCACUCUCCAUACUAUAGAAGGAUGUGGUGCAGUGAAUCACAGCCAUGCAAGGAGCGGCCCGCAUCCCGGCGUUGGCAUUUCUCAUGUGAAGAAAGGAGGUUGCGGUAUGAGAUUUUGUACACCCUCGUGCCGUAUAUGUUGCUAUAGGCUAGGCAGGUGCGUACUCUUAAAACAUACAACCCCUUAGAACCAUCCUGAAUCUCACAUUCUAGCU